GUAACAGAGGAGAUGCGAAAGGUGUUACUGUUCCGAGACUUCAUGCAUGGACUAUCCCCAGUAACCUGGAGUAAGGUGCAGAAGCAGCGUUGUCAAACACUGGAAGACGCAGUGGAGUUUAUACAGGAUGCGGAAGCUGUCGCGUUAGUGGCGCUGGGUGCACAGGUGCAAGAAGAACGAGGUCGGAAAGGUGACAAGGACCAAAGGUUUAAGGAGAGAAACGGAACGAAAUAUCCGCGGGAACAAGGAAAUCCACGUAAUACGGAGCGGCGGCGACAAAACGCGCCUCGAAGGUACUGUUCCAUCCAUAAGUCUAAUUCGCAUAACACCAGUGACUGCCGAAGUAACAACGCAACAAGAGACCGGAAGGCGAAAGGUGGAUACUCCAAAGGGAAUGGAAAGAAACAGGCUUCGGAAGAGGUGAAGAACCAGCAGAGCGUAAACGUAAUCCAGGAACCAGAAUCGUCGGGACAAGCCCCGUAUCUGAGAGGGAAGUUGGAGAACGUCUCGGUGAAGUUCCAGAUCGACACGGCAGCGUCGGUAAAUGUAGUUUCCAAGGCAUGGUGUGACCGUAAUAAGAAGACGAUCCAGCCGCUCGCUGAGGGCAAAAGCCGCACAAUGGACACCGCGAAUGGUGUCACAGCUGUGCUUGGGCAGGUCGUCGGUGAGGUAACACUAAUGGAGCAUCCGACAUACAAGUCCCGAGAAACGUUCUACGUGUUGACACACAUUAAGAAUGAUUGUACGUUAGGCAUGACCUGGCUAGCGGACAACCGAGUAGUAGUGUGGGCCUGGGAAAGGAUUCUAUUGGUAGAAGGACACGUGUUGCACACCCAGGAGGAGUCGGAAGACUGCGAUCCGUUGAGGAAAGUGUUUUCGAUCUGUACGAUUCAGGAAGGCGAACCCAAGAAGCUAAGUCGCGAGGAGUUAAUGAGGAAGAUCGCAGCGCAGGCACACAUAGUUGGAGUGCAACCACCGAUCACAGAGGCUCGAAUGGAGAUUGAACUAACAACGUCUGAACCCAUUAUCGGCCCGGUGUAUGCGGUACCGCUGCGCCUGCUCGAACCCGUCAAGGAGGAGAUCGACAGAUUAUUGAAAGAAGGAUGUAUCCGACCAGCGAAAACGAAGUACUAUUCGUCACCAGCAUUCGUGAUAAGGAAGCGCAACGGCAAGGUUAGGAUGGUCGUAGACUAUCGAGCGAUUAACAAGGUAACGCGACCAGAAGCAUAUCCGUUUCCGAAUAUGAUGGACAUUAUUCGAGAGAUCCCCAAAAGCAAGGUGUUUUCGCAGAUGGACCUACGGCAGGGCUAUCAUCAGGUGGAAGUAGCAGAGAAAGCGCGCAAGUUCACAACCUUUAUUAUUCAGAACCGACAGUAUGAGUAUUUGCGAGUACCAUUUGGACUCAAGAACGCACCACGAGUUUUCCAGAUGAUUAUCUUUGAUAUAGUGGGCCACUUACCGUUCGUGAAGGUCUUCCUUGAUGACAUUCUAGUGUUCUCAAAUUCGGAAGAGGAGCAUAUUCAGCACUUGAACGAGAUCAUACAGCUAAUGCAGGCGCGCAACGUUAUUAUCAAUGUGGAGAAGAGCAACUUCUUUUGUAAGUCAGUGACGUACCUAGGACACGUAAUAAGCGAACAGGGAAUCCAACCGAGCCUGGACAGGGUAGAAGCGCUAGAGCGCGUGAAAGCACCAAAGUCACGGAAGGAUAUUGAGAGCAUUAUAGGAUUACUUAACUGGUACCGACCGUUUAUUCCACAACUGAGUGAGGAGCUAAGACCGUUACUAGCUAAGAUGAAAGGGGAUCAACGCAAGGAAAAAGGCAAGAUCAUAUGGACAGCAGAAGACGAUCGGUUACUGCAAAAGCUAGUGCAGAUUAUCCGCAAGCGGAUCCUAUUAUCGAUACCGGACGUUAACAAACCGUUCGUACUGUUAACCGAUGCGUCUAAUUACUGUGUGGGAGCAGUAUUGAUCCAAGAGGAGAAUCCAAUAGGACUCUAUAGUAGUGCGUUGUCUAAAUCGGAGCUAAACUAUACAGUGGAAGAGAAGGAACUAUUAGCGGUGGUAAAAGCGUUACAGCAUUUCAAAAACAUAAUCUUUCUGUCCGAAAUUACAGUGCAGACCGACCACCAAAAUCUACUUUAUUAUCGAGCACUGGACAGUAGUAGAGCAGAACGUUGGAAGAUUCAGCUCCAGGAGUACGAUCUAACUUUUAAGUAUAUCAAGGGCGUUAACAAUAGUAUGGCCGAUUUUCUGUCGCGAAAGAUACUUUCGAAAGACACUUCAGCAACACCGCUAGUUGCUAUGUCCCAGCUACAGAAGGAUAAGGGCCUAGAUACCAAAUGCCAACCGGUAACGCAUAAUAUAAGCGUAAUUUCCGAUGUACUUGGUAAUGAAAACCAGAGAGAGGCUACUAUGGAUGAAAGGUUUAGUAAGAGCCAGCCAGAUCAAGGAGAUCAGGAGCACCACCAAAAGAGAGUGGAGCAAAAAGUGGCCGGAACCGUAGGUAAUCAGGAAGGAACCCGAAAGAAGCGUAGCGUAGAUCCGCGUGAAGGUCGGGAAAUAGUCAAAGCGGCACAUGAAGCCUUGGCUCAUCCCGGACAACGGAAGUUAGGUAGGACGAUUGAAAGUCUGUAUUGCAUAGCAGGAUUAAAGGAUAUUGUGGAGCAAGUGGUCAAGUCGUGUGCAAAGUGUCAACAGUAUAAGCCACGGAGAACUCUGGCAAAGAGGGAAGAUCAACUGGGGCAAUUGCAAACGACCGAAGUAAUGCAACAUAUAUGCUCAGAUAUAGUAGGACCUUUUAUGACAAGAGAGUUUAAAGGAAGCUAUAAGCCACGCAUGUUUUAUGUCCUGACCAUAACGGAUCGAUGCAGCCAUUGGACCCAAUUAGUAGUAUUACAUCGAUUAGGAUCGAAGCAAAUUAUCAAGGCAUUGGAGAAGUGGUUUGAACAAUUCGGGACCCCGCAAACCGUCUUGCACGAUCAAGGGCGGCAGUACGUAGCAGAGGAAACUCAGCAAUUCCUGAGGGAGAAGGGAGCCAAGUCCGUAAGGACUAGUCCGUACAAUCCGACAGGGAACUCGGUAUCGGAACGGCUGAACCAGGAGAUAGUAUUUGUGCUGAGUCAUUUCAAGCGAACACAUUCCAUUAGUGAGUGCAUUAGGAUGGCAGAGAAACGUUUGCAGCAAACGUACCAUCGUACCAUUGCGUGUACGCCGUUUGAACUAGUGCAUGGAUAUCAUCCACUUGAUCCAGACCAACACAAGAUAAAUGUGGAGGAGAAGAUUAAGCAGAUCCAAAGGAGGCUCCUAGCCAGGGACCAAACGGGAGAUAGACAACCCGCAACGAAUACACCUGGUAUAGGAGAAUUGAUGUAUUGCAAAGCGUCGAAGGGAUCUAAAUUAGCCGUCAAAUGGAAAGGGCCGUAUGAGAUAGUGGAAUGGAAUAAGGACAAGACCGUAGCUAAAUUACAAACACCGAAGGGAUUGAUUCAACGAAAUAUCAAACAGUUACGACGACCGUAA